AUGCUGCAGCGUGGUCAGCCCCUCAGAGGCCUAGGGUCCAGGGAUCAGCCCCUCAGAGGCCUAGGGUCCAGGGAUCAGCCCCUCAGAGGCCUGGGGUCCAGGGGGCAGCCCCUCAGAGGCCUGGGGUCCAGGGAUCAGCCCCUCAGAGGCCUGGGGUCCAGGGAGCAGCCCCUCAGAGGCCUGGGGUCCAGGGGGCAGCCCCUCAGAGGCCUGGGGUCCAGGGAUCAGCCCCUCAGAGGCCUGGGGUCCAGGGAUCAGCCCCUCAGAGGCCUGGGGUCCAGGGAUCAGCCCCUCAGAGGCCUGGGGUCCAGGGAUCAGCCCCUCAGAGGCCUGGGGUCCAGGGAUCAGCCCCUCAGAGGCCUGGGGUCCAGGGGGCAGCCCCUCAGAGGCCUGGGGUCCAGGAGCAGCCCCUCAGAGGCCUGGGGUCCAGGGAUCAGCCCCUCAGAGGCCUGGGGUCCAGGGGGCAGCCCCUCAGAGGCCUGGGGUCCAGGGGGCAGCCCCUCAGAGGCCUGGGGUCAGUGGGCAGCCCCUCAGAGGCCUGGGGUCCAGGGAUCAGCCCCUCAGAGGCCUGGGGUCCAGGGGCAGCCCUCAGAGGCCUGGGGUCCAGGGAUCAGCCCCUCAGAGGCCUGGGGUCCAGGGAUCAGCCCCUCAGAGGCCUGGGGUCCAGGGAUCAGCCCCUCAGAGGCCUGGGGUCCAGGGAUCAGCCCCUCAGAGGCCUGGGGUCCAGGGGGCAGCCCCUCAGAGGCCUGGGGUCCAGGGGGCAGCCCCUCAGAGGCCUGGGGUCCAGGGAUCAGCCCCUCAGAGGCCUGGGGUCCAGGGGCAGCCCCUCAGAGGCCUGGGGUACAGGGGGCAGCCCUCAGAGGCCUGGGGUCCAGGGGGCAGCCCCUCAGAGGCCUGGGGUCCAGUGGGCAGCCCCUCAGAGGCCUGGGGUCCAGGGAUCAGCCCCUCAGAGGCCUGGGGUCCAGGGGGCAGCCCCUCAGAGGCCUGGGGUCCAGGGAUCAGCCCCUCAGAGGCCUGGGGUCCAGGGAUCAGCCCCUCAGAGGCCUGGGGUCCAGGGAUCAGCCCCCUCAGAGGCCUGGGGGUCCAGGGAUCAGCCCCCUCAGAGGCCUGGGGGUCCAGGGGGCAGCCCCUCAGAGGCCUGGGGUCCAGGGGCUAGCCCCUCAGAGGCCUGGGGUCCAGGGAUCAGCCCCCUCAGAGGCCUGGGGUCCAGGGGCAGCCCCUCAGAGGCCUGGGGUACAGGGGGCAGCCCCUCAGAGGCCUGGGGUCCAGGGAUCAGCCCCUCAGAGGCCUGGGGUCCAGGGAUCAGCCCCUCAGAGGCCUGGGGUCCAGGGAUCAGCCCCUCAGAGGCCUGGGGUACAGGGAUCCCAGCCCCUCAGAGGCCUGGGGUCCAGGGGGCAGCCCCACAGAGGCCUGGGGUCCAGGAGCAGCCCCUCAGAGGCCUGGGGUCCAGGGAUCAGCCCUCAGAGGCCUGGGGUCCAGGAAUCAGCCCCUCAGAGGCCUGGGGUCAGGGGCAGCCCCCUCAGAGGCCUGGGGUCCAGGGAUCGGCCCCUCAGAGGCCUGGGGUCCAGGGGGCAGCCCCUCAGAGGCCUGGGGUACAGGGGGCAGCCCCUCAGAGGCCUGGGGUCCAGGGAUCAGCCCCUCAGAGGCCUGGGGUACAGGGAUCAGCCCCUCAGAGGCCUGGGGUCCAGGGGCAGCCCUCAGAGGCCUGGGGUCCAGGGGCAGCCCCUCAGAGGCCUGGGGUCCAGGGAUCAGCCCUCAGAGGCCUGGGGUCCAGGGAUCAGCCCCUCAGAGGCCUGGGGUCCAGGGAUCAGCCCCUCAGAGGCCUGGGGUCCAGGGGGCAGCCCCUCAGAGGCCUGGGGUACAGGGGGCAGCCCCUCAGAGGCCUGGG